GGGGGGGGGGGAAGGACCCGGAGCCCGAUCCAUUGAAGCCCCCGCGUGCUGCCUGUUUGGAAUGCAUUUUAAAAUUGUAAACGCAGUGUUCUGCGCCUAACGGACGGAGGUGGCCGCUGGCUUUGAGCGGAGGCGCGAGGGGGUGGCAGCUCCGCCGAGCCAGACGAUGCCGCGCGCCGGUCUCGGGACCGUGUGCGUGCAGCUCCGACUCAGCAACGCCAAGGACUGCUUCCUGCACCUGCCUCCCCAGCCCGUGUCGCAGCUGCAGCUGCUGCAACAACAACAGCAGCAGCAGGAGGAGUGCCAAGCAAUUGAAUUAUCCUGGGAUCUUAAACAGACAGCAUUCCUAAGCUGGGUGGCACGCAGAUCUACAGGACUUGAAGAAGGAAACAUUGCAGAGAUCAGUAGACAUUUUGGACAAAAACUUGGAGUCAAAGAUGGAGAACAGGUAUUUCUCAGGCCUUGUGCACAAGUCUCUUCCUGUCAAAAGGCAGUUGUGGAACCUCUGUCUCCUGAUGACUGGGACAUAUUGGAGCUCCAUAGUACAUCACUUGAAAGGCACAUUAUGGAUCAGAUCAGGAUAGUCUUUCCAGGAGGAGUAUUUCCAUUGUGGAUAGAGAAACAUACUGUCAUAUAUAUUGAAGUUGGCUCUCUAAUGCCCUCUGCUGCAUAUGGAAGGUUGGAACGCUACACUGAACUCAUUGUCUCACCCAAACUGCGACACGUUGGUAAAAAUUCUGUUGAAAAAGACAUUUUUAAUGAAGAGUUCAACUUGAACAGUAACAAAAUGCAGCGUGAAAAAUUAGAGAAGCCAAGUGAGUAUUCUUCCAAGAGAUUGUAUGAUCAACAAGGAAUGAAUGAACAACUUGCAAUGAAACCUCAAGACAUUUCCCAGAAAAGCAUCAUAUCGGAUAUAUGGCAUUUGAUAAAAAAUAUAUUCGCAACAAAUUUGGAACUCCUAGAACAGCAGCCAUCCAAAGCAAUGGACAUUGAUAAUUUUUUGAGUACCUUCUCCAAGUCCAUUGAAAUGGACUCAAUAUUCAGACUAUGUAAAAGAUUUCCUUACAAUUUAGACUCAAUGCCAUGGAACCAAAUGCAAUCUGAUACAGUUCAUAUCUUUCCUUGUCAUCAAGGUUUGCUUACUCUAAACAGCAGUGACACACAAAUUAUUUAUGGAAAACUAAUAAAAGUUUUGUCACAUAGACAAUGCAUAGAACAAUCUAAGCAAGAUCUACAAAGAAAGAAAAAUGCAACUUCUGAUGGAAAUGACACAACAAACGGAAUUGCCAAAGCAGAAGAAAACAAAUCCUGCAUUGUUAAAAUAAUUACUCAUGGAUAUGAACAUUUAAUAUUUAAAUCUGCAGAUUUUCACAGUGGAAAAGUUUGGGUUCCAGAUGGAUUGAGAAAGAAGUUGAAAUUGGAAGCAUCUGCUGCAGUCAGGUUAACUUCAUUACAAUUAGAUCCAUCUCUUCCAACCAGUAUUCGGUUGCAGCCAUUGCAAAGACUGCCACAGGAGAUUAACAAUGAUGAUAUUAAGUCCUCCUUCCUUUCAUGGCUAAGUAGUGUGAGCUCUGACAAUUUCCCAUUUUUUGCUGCAUUAUCAAAUCUUGUUGGAAUACAGGUUGCUGAACGAGAGAUUGAAUUUAUGCUAUUUGUGGAUCAAAUUGUACAAAAGUCAGAAAAUGAAGAGAAUGAAUGUUUUUUAUUGUAUCCCAGUUUAAUUGACAAGAUUGAUAUAAAGGUGAUCAUGCAUCCUCCACUAAACAAGUCCAUUGAAGUAAUGACUGUUGAUGAUAUUGACCAGAUGCUACCAUUUCACAAAUUGAAUUGUUUAGGCGCAGUUCAUAAUCUUGCCACGUCGGCCUUUGAGCACAUCUUGUUCAGCCUAUUGGGUCACCCACUUUCAUGGGAAAUGGCCUCUGUUGCACAAGGUCUCCGAAGUGGAGCUCUGCUACUUACAGGAAUAAAGGGCAGUGGGAAAACUACUUUAGCGAAAGCCAUAUGCAGAGAAGCAGCAGAUAAACUGGAAGCACAUGUUGAAAUUAUUAACUGUAAAACUUUGCAAGGUAAAAGGGCUGAAAAUAUCCGUAAGAAAUGGGAGGAAGCUUUCACAGAGGCAGCAUGGCGACAACCUUCUGUAAUUCUGUUGGACGACUUGGAUCAUAUUGCUGGUUCCAUCUCUGCUUCAGAACAUGAACACAGUGCUGAGGCUAUUCAUAGCAGACAGAUUUCUGAAAUUUUGAAGUAUUUGAUUGCUGAAGCAGUUUCUCGUGGGACUGUUAUUGCAUUGAUCGCUACAAGCAUUUCUGAGCAUACUCUGCAUCCCUCUCUGAUUUCUGCUGAAGGAUCUCAUCUAUUUCAGUGUAUUCAGAAUAUUUCACUUCCAAACCAGGAUCAGCGAGUCCAACUACUAACCUCUGUAAUUCAAAAUAAAACUGUCACUUCAUUGAAGACAUUACAGAGCAUUGACUUUCAAAGACUGGCGAAAGCAACCGAAGGCUUUGGAGCAAGAGAUUUUGUUGUGUUGAUGGAAAGGGCUAUGCACUCACAUUUAUUAAUAUGCAAGCACAACAGAGAACAAGAACUACAAUUAACAACAUUGAAUUUUCUGCAUGCCCUUGAGGGAUUUGUACCUAUUUCUCUAAGAAAUGCAAAUUUACACAAACCUAGAGAUUUGGGCUGGAACCAAGUUGGAGGUCUACAUGAAGUCAAGGAAAUCCUGAUGGAUACCAUUCAAUUAUCUGUCAAGUAUCCACAACUGUUUGCAAAGCUGCCAAUACGAAUGCGAUCUGGAAUCCUCCUGUAUGGAGCACCAGGAACAGGAAAGACAUUAUUAGCAAGCGUCGUCACCAAAGAAAGUGGAAUGAAUUUUAUUAGUAUAAAGGGCCCUGAACUGCUGAGCAAAUAUAUUGGUGCAAGCGAACAGGCAGUUCGUGACGUUUUCAGCAGGGCGGAAGCAGCCAAACCUUGCAUUCUGUUCUUUGAUGAGUUUGAUUCCAUUGCACCUCGCCGUGGUCAUGACAACACUGGGGUGACUGACAGAGUUGUUAAUCAACUGCUCACGCAACUGGAUGGGGUAGAAGGUCUACAAGGCGUUUAUGUUUUGGCUGCCACAAGUCGUCCAGACUUGAUUGAUCCUGCUUUGCUAAGGCCAGGUCGUCUCGAUAAAUCUGUGUACUGCCCGCCUCCUGAUCAGGUAGCACGCUAUGAGAUUCUGAAGGCAUUGAGCCAGACUUUACCUUUAGCGGAUGAUGUUGACUUCCAGCAAAUUGCAAGCAUGACUGAAUAUUUUACUGGGGCUGACUUAAAGGCUUUGUUCUGCAAUGCCCAGCUCGAUGCUAUUCACAGCACUCUGUCAUCCAGUGUACUACAAGAUGCACAUUCAGGAUCUGAUAGUGAUGCAAGUUUAUCUUCCAUGAUCUUCUUGAAUCAUAGCAGUGGUUCCGAUGAGUCAGUGGGGGACGUAGAAGGUGGUUCGGAACAUUCCGCUUUUUACCUGGACACUAGUGAAAUAUUACCUGAUGAUCCAUGCCCUAACAUCUGGCGCCUUUACUUUGGUAGCUCUUAUGAAUCAGAAGUGGGAAAUGGAACAUCUUCAGAACAGAACUCUCAGUGCAUGUCAGGACCAAAUUCAGUGACCCUGGAUCGCACCAUUACAUCUGCAAGGGACACCGUAUCUUCUCAGCUCCCUUCAUAUAUGUCGUCACUGCAAGAAGGAUACCAGGAGCUAACUCGGGAGCAAGUGGAACAGCUAUGGACUGAAUUAAAUGUUAUUAAAGCAAACACGAAGAACAAGAACAUGGAGAGCAAUACUCAAAAUCAAGCAGGAUCCACAAAUACUUCCCAACUUAUUUGCCAAUCACAUUUACUGACAGCACUUGCAAGUACAAGACCCUCCAUCAGUCAACAAGAAUGGAGCAAUUUCACCGAAAUGUACGAGAACUUCCGAAAAUCUAGAGCUGGCAAGCAGAAUGGAGUCCUCGUCAAGGCUGGACAAAGAGUUACUUUGGCAUAAGAAUUUACUCUUCAAAUUGAACUCAAGUAGUCUUUCUAUUAACUCUAUUCAAGACCAUAUUGCAAGUGGACUAAAACCAAAUCUGAAAUAUCACUGCUGCUUUAAUUCAAGAUUUAUUUACACACACCCACACAGGGUAAUUAUGCACAACAGAUGUUUUUUGGGCUUGUAAUUCAACUUAAUUGAAGUUUUUUAAUUAAAUGCUUUGCAUUUAUGGGGUUUUGCCCAAUUAUUUUUUACUUUGGUUGUCACACAAAUUUCACUAUGCUGUAAAAAAAAAACCCCACUGAGCUCAAUAUUGCAAUUAUUCUUAUUGAGCGAGCAGGUAUGCAAGCUGCAUAUGGCAAAACAUAUGUCCUGCUCAAUAUAUAAAUCAAAUUGAAACAUUAGAAAACUAAAUUUUAAACAUUUACUUUACAUUAGAUUACACAUUAUUUCUUGCUCUAUUUAUUUGUCUGGAGUAUCACCCUGAUGAAAAAAACAUUUAACAUUAUUUCACAUAACUGAAAGCUACUUAAGAAUUUCUGUAUUUAAACUGCACUUGAUCUUAAAUUGCCAUCAGUGAUUUAACCCGACCCAUGUUCCCCUUGUACUCUUGUUCACAUGCAAAGUGUCAGACAAGCUCCUUCCACUGAUCACGAGAUUUACAUAGGCCGAUCCCUUUUAGUGAUGAAUGCCUUCUUGACACUGGUCACCAAAGCUGAGCAAAAUAGGUAUGGGCUUACUUGUUUAUAGGUGUGGUAGGUGUUUUUCAGCAUCUCUGGCAGGAUUUAAACUUGGAUUGCCGUCCUAUGUUAAAACAGCCCUGCUAUCUAACAGAGGAAUUGGCGAGGCCAAGCCAGAUGUACAUUGCUUUAUUUUAAUGACUCGUAAUCCAAUGAAUGUACAGCAACAUCUCAAGUACAUAUAUUCUUAAAACAAUUAAAAGUGUACGACAAAGACUUGCAUUUUAUACAGUGCUGUUAAUCUUGCGUCAUCCCAAGGUAUUUCAUGGCCAAGAGUGACCUAGAAACAUGGUAGUUAUUUCACACGCAAUAAACUCUCAUUACAUUUAAAUACCUCAAAUGUUUUAUGGAGGUUGGUGGGAAAAUAUUUUUGCGACACGGAGAACUCACCUGCCCUCGUUAGAAUCAGUGUGUGGUAUACCAUAGCCUAGAAAUUACAUCAAAGCAACAUUUCUUUUGCACUUACCUACAAGUGAAUUUUGAUUGGGGAUAUUGGUCCAACUUAUCGCCAAAGUAACCAUGUUAGUUACUCCCAUAACAAUAACCCCUUGAUAGUGCAACGCACGUAGGAACCAGUCACAAUUUAAUCCUUUGCACCCACUCUCCUCUAUGGAGUGUCAACACCCCCAACUGUGUUAUCUACUCUUAGCACUGCCCCCAAUGGAAGCUGUCCACCACCCCAACACACUUCCAAAAUCACCAAUCUGCCUCUAACCAUCCCUCUGCCAAUGAGCGCAGGCUCCAAAUAGUUCGGAGCCGUCCCAGAUCGUUUAGAUCAACCCAAGCCUCAAGCAGAUUCUGGACAUUUAACCACAAAACUUCCUCCCCAUCCCCGACUUUAGAGUGGGCAUUGCUUUCAGCAGAAGUUACUUAUCAGAACUUCCCAUUAUAAUUUCUCCAAAUAAGAGAGUGCAGGUCACAAAUUAUGUGCAUAUCACGUAGCAGGACAUGCACUGUGCAUGAUAAGGGACUCAAUCAUCUCCAUUCUGGUUGGCAAUACAUCAAGCACACCUUUUCAAUAAAGUGCCAUCACUUUUGAAUGUUAAGUACCCUUAUUCUUACAAAGUCUGAUGAUCCCACUGAAAUACUCUUGAUUAGAUCUAGUUCUAGGUUUUUGAAGGUCCCUGGGCUUAAUGUGGUAGAAUUAAGCUACAGAAUACACUUACUGUGUGAGAUUGAUAUACCAGUAUUCCAAGAGAAAUACAUACUCCCAGUCCCUCACAUAAGAAUAAUAUGUUCUGAGCUGUCUGUCACUUUGGGGUUUUUUCACCCCCAAAGUGCAGGAACAUGCACUUAUAUUUGUUUCUAUUGUCUCCCAUCUCAUUCAGCAAUUUAUACAUUGUUUUGUAAAUACAUUUUAUUCCCUCUUGCCAUUUUUAAUUUUAUGCCAAUAUAAUCUCUGCAUUCUUUGGUAUUACACAUUAUUCAACUACAGCACUAUAGGAAUAGUGCAUCAACUGAAUUUGUAAUUACAAUCUGACAGCUUCAAGGUAAUUGUUAACAGUGACUAUCCAUUAAACUAAUUUUAUAUUCUCA